CCUUUCGCCUUCGUAGCAGAAUCAGCAUGUUUGGUUGAAGAGCAAAAAGUUGAUGUCAACCUGAAAGAAGCCCGAGAAACUCCUCCCGUCUCGAAAUUAUGAGUGACCAACAGGAUGAAAUGGCCGCGAUGGUGGAAAGCGGUGGAGGCUUCCUUCAAAAGCGAAACACAAAUACCGGACAAGACUCCCAGCAGCCCUCUCCUUUAGCUCUGUUGGCAGCGACCUGUAGUAGAAUCGACACCCCAGGCGAGAGUGACUCCGGCUCCGAACAACAGUUAGACCUAAGCCAAGCCCAGCUGACCCAGACAGCCAAUGGGAGCUGGCAGAUCAUCCCUGUCAGUCUCGGUAGCUCCAGUGGUUCCAACACCAUCACCACCGACUCCACUGGCAUGGUCAUGACCGCGGGCGACUCGGGGAAGAACAGGGGGCAACAGGUGUUGACGUCGGUCUCCAGUGGGCACCAGGGACAGCAGCAGUAUGUGCUGUCCUCAGCUCCUUCUCUACAGGGCCAGCAGGUCCUCACCAUGUCUGGGGGCCAGGUUGUGUCCAUGCCCAACAUCCAUUACCAGGUGAUCCCUCAGUUCCAGACGGUGGAUGGCCAGCAUCUACAGUUUGCCCAGGCAGGGGUGCAGCAGGACCCUAAUGCAGCUGGGGCAGGACAGUUCCAGCUCGUCUCCUCGCCUAACGGGGGUCAGCAGCUGGUUAGAACAGGGAGUGGAGGAAAUAUCCUAACCAUGCCCGCCGGGGUCCUACAGCAAGCCAUCCCCCUACAGAACCUAGGUCUGGGUAACAGCGUCCUGCAGAACAACCAGGGCCAGUUCCAGUUGGCUAAUAUGCCUGGUCUCCUAAAUGGCAAUAUCACCCUCCUUCCGGUCAGUGCAGCUAGUGGGUCUGAAGGGGACGGAGGCUCUAACCAGCAGCUGAUGCAGCAGGUAGUGUCAACCUCUGGCACAUACUACACCAACUCAACCACCACCACCACUCAGACAGGCACCUCGUAUGGAGGCAUGACUCAGAGCACCAACGGCUUCCAGAAUUCUGGCGGCGGGAUCCCCAUCCAGCCAGAUAACAGAGAUCAGCCUCAGCAGAUCCUCAUUCAACCCCAGCAGCUCAUCCAAGGAGGGACCUCCCUGCAGACAAUCUCAGCUGGGGGACAGGUGUUUGCGACCCCGACGCUUACCCAGGAUGCCCUGCAGAACCUGCAAAUUCAGACCCUCCCCAACACCUCUCCCAUCCUGCUGAGGACCGUCGGGCUCAACGGACAGGUGAGCUGGCAGACCCUCCAGCUGCAGAGCCCAGCGGGGACCCAGAUCACCCUGGCCCCCAUGCAGGGUCUCUCUCAGCUGGGCCAGGCCCAGGGAGGUACCAUGCAACUCCCUGGCCUGCACACCAUCAACCUCAACACACUGCAGAACUCUGGUUUACAGAUGCACCAGCUACAAGGAGUCCCCAUCACCAUCUCUAACACAGCUGGAGACCAGGGUUUGCAGGCAGGGGGAGACAGUCUGGAUGACGGCACAGUCAUGGAGGAGGGAGACACGUCCCCUCAGCCUCAGAACCGCCGGACACGCAGGGAAGCCUGCACCUGUCCCUUCUGCAAGGACGGAGAGGCGAGAGAUCCCAAUAAGAAGAAGCAGCAUAUCUGUCACAUGCCAGGUUGUGGGAAGGUGUACGGUAAGACAUCUCACCUGAGAGCUCACCUUCGCUGGCACACUGGAGAACGACCCUUCGUCUGCGGCUGGUCCUUCUGUGGGAAGAAAUUCACUCGCUCAGACGAACUGCAACGUCACAAGAGGACACACACAGGUGAGAAGAAGUUCACGUGUACAGAGUGUCCAAAGCGCUUCAUGCGCAGCGACCACCUCUCCAAACACCUCAAGACCCACCUCAACAAGAAAGGAACCACCGGUGGCGCUGUGACCUCCGAUAACUCCGCCCCUCAGUCGGGUGGAGGCGGAGCUACAGAUGGCGGGGCCGGGGUCAAUGACCAACACGCCCUCAUUGCCAUGGAGACACUGUCGCCCGAGGGCAUCGCCCGAUUGGCCAGCAGCGGCAUCAACGUGAUGCAGGUGGCUGACCUGCACUCCAUCAACAGUAAUGGAUAUUGAUUACUGAUUGGUUGAUUGGAUGUGGGGAUCAGGACGGUAGUGGAAC